AUGUCGGCAACCUCAAUUCCAUCCAGCCCUAUCGUCUUCUAUGACAUCGCCAUGCGUCCGCCCAUGGAGAAAAACUGCUGCGCGCCAAAUCCCUGGAAAACACGACUGGCACUCAACUUCAAAGGUCUUCCAUACUCGACCUCAUGGGUGCCUUUACCAGACAUUGCAAAAGUCCGUAGCAGUCUCAAAGUCCCGCCCUGUCGCAAAUUUGCCGAUGGCACCGACUUCUUUACCCUGCCUAUCAUCAAGGAUCCUGCCACUGAUUCGUUGGUCGGCGACUCCUUCGAUAUCGCGGUCUACCUUCAGAAAACGUAUCCGAACUCGGGCGCGGGAGAUCUUUUCCCUCCUCAGACUAUCGACUACAUCUUCACGCACGAUCAUGCGCCACUUGUACCGCUAUCGGAGUGUCGUGAAAGCGAAUUUCCUGAAUACGCCAAAUUCAAUUUGAACGUCGACGCGGCCUUUACCGCACAUGCACAGCUUGCGACUCAUGGUUUUCCAUUCGAUCCAGCUACUGCCGAGAUCACUAAGGCGGAAUUCGUCCGGCGCGCGGGUGUUACGUCCUGGGAGGACUUUGCAUUGGUUGACGAGAAGCGAGAGAAGAUGAAGGAUUCGUGCCGGAAUAUGCUGGGUGGUCUGGCUAAGCUAUUCUUGAGGGACACUAGUGGGCCCUUUCUACUCGGAACAAGGGCCAGCUAUGCGGACUUCAUCGUCGGUGCGUGGCUGCGGAUGAUGCAUGUGACUCUACCGGAGGGUGAAUGGGAGGAGGUGAGAAAUUGGUAUGGGGGUCUUUUUGGGCGGUUGCAUGAUGCGUUGGAGGUGUAUGCGGAGGUGAAAUAG